AUGACACCCACCGAUACAUUCCCUAUUCGAGACCCAUGGCCCGUGAACCCCAAGUCACUGAGCCUUGUGUACACCUUUGGCGACAGCCCUACUGACGAAAAGCUGGUCUUCGUUUCCAAGGCUGGCGAGGAUACUGUUUGGACUCUUACCUCGGAUGAUAUCAAAACGCAGCCACCAGGGGUGACGCUGGCCAGUGCCUGGCCUCCGGAGGUCCCGGGCCGCAUUAAGAUCUACGCUGUUAUCUAUGCCUUGGAGCAGAUCACGCACCCGACAGUGUACCGAAGGCUUUACGAGGCUGCGUCAAGAAACGAGCGUAUCUACAUCAGCAACAAGUUCUUCUUCAGCAACUCACCACUCAUCAAUGAGGAUCCUUGGCGUGGAACAAUUAGGAGUGCUGCCAUCGUCUAUACCAUACAAGGAAAAUGGAAGUCGAUCAGUGGUAGAGAACGCGAGUACAUGUCAUGGGAGUUGUAG